AUGGCAGUUAUCGAAGAAGAAGCAGCGCAGGCAACGGCCAAGGUAGCGGCGGAGGCAGUGACACAACCAACUCGAGGGGCAGAGAGCCGUGGGGGGAAGGGGAUAGUCUCCGAGAACCCUCUCUCCGGUGCUACCGCCAAAAGCAGGAAGGAGAAGGCUAAGAACGGCGAGGGUGUCACGGGCGCUCCCGAGGGAGGAGAGGAAAUCCCCGCCGCUGCAGCCGUCGCGCAAGCGAAGGCAGCAGCAGACACGGCGGGGGUGGCGGAAGCGGCCCCCCGUGCUGCCGCCGCCACCGCGGACUUCCGCUACCAGGACGAGCUCGAUUUUCGGGACCUGGAGGAGAUCCCAGAAAGCACGGGGCCGUCCUUCUGGGGGGACGACGACGACGCCACGCUGGCAUCGACGUGGGCAACAACGGCCGAGCGACAAGGAGGCGGCGGUGAUGAUGAUGGUGGCAAGGCUGCUGCUGCUCUUGUCAAAGAGGGGAGCAGUAGGAGCAGCAGCAGCAGCAGCAGCAGCGUCGCCACAACAGCCCCGACCGUUCCUUAUCGUGGCCGGGCUGUCGGCGAGUCGAGCCCUCCGAAGUACACCGGGCUUGCAGAAGGAGGACCGGGUGCAGACGUGACAGCGGGAGCAGCGGGAGGGGAAUCGGAGCCCGGUCCUGGCAACGGCAUCCCUCCGGGGAACGACGAGAGCGCACUGGUGGUCCCCUCACCAACUUCCGCACCAGCUGCUAGCGGCAGUAGCACCACCACCACGAUCAAGAUGUCGCGUGCGGCGGCGGGGAUGGCUUCCGUCGGGGGCGAGGCCAAGGCAGGAGUUGCUGGCCGUCGGAGGCGUCGUUCGUUGUCGACCUUAGCAUCGUCGCAGCAGGCGAAGUCAUCGCCACCGCCUCCACCACCUGCCUCUGCCGCGGUCGGCACCGGCACCUCGAGCUCAAACCCACCAGUAGCAGCGCCGCCACUACCGCCAAGCCACGUGGCUGCCGAACGCGUAGAGGGGGGCGCAAGCGUUGCCGCUGAUGUCGCUGCCAUGCCCAGCAAGGCGGCCUCAGAAGGGCCGCCAUUGGCGCUGGCGUCACCGGAGACGGCGGGCGGGGCGGCAGCGGGGUUGGACGGUUCUGGUCAGCGGGAGGGGGGAGAAGCGAACGGCAUGGGUGGGGGAGAGGGCUGGAGCGGGGAGGGGGGCGGAGCAGAGACGACGGGAGCGUGGUCCGGGGGGGGGGCAAGGUGGGAGAGGGAUGAGGCCGAAGAAGACGUGUACGAGGAGAAUCUCAAGGCCCUGGUCGGCGUCAGCACCGGGCCUCACGACUACUGGAUGGGGCCGCUGAUGGCGUUGACCAAGCCGGAGACGAGGAAGACGGCCAUGCAGCUCACCGCCGACAACAAGCUCGGCUACCGCUCGUCCAAGGGGGGUCCGGUCAGCAAGGGGACUCUGUUGCAGUACGUCCUCGAGCAGAAGGAGAAGCACCCCACGAAGGUACUGCUUACGCGGGUGGGGGAGUUCUACGAGACCUACGGCGUGGACGCGGUGAUGAUGAUGCAGCACGCCGGCCUCAACAAGAUGGGGCAAGAAAUCAGGGCCGGGUGCCCCCGAAGGAACGUGCAACAAACCAUCGACGGCCUCACGGGCGCGGGUCUCACUGUGGCGGUCUACGAAGAGGCGAGAAUCGGGGAGGGGGGGGGGGGGGGGGGCGUACUCUUAUGUUUUGCAUGUCUUAGCGGUUAG